AAGCAAACGAGAAAUGGUUUCAAAAUGAAGACUAUCAUGUUGCACAUACAUAUAUUCUUUUGAACUGUGAAGAAGUAAGCCCAUAUGAAAGGUUGUUUGAAGAGAAUAUGGCUGCUACUCAUCAUGAGAUAACUGCAGAGAAUCAAAACGUCCUAAAAGAAAAAAAAUUUGCAGACUGGUUAAGAGAAUAUGUAAGAAAAGUUAACCGUAUUUGGAUUCCUGAUUUUUUUUUUAUUAAUAGAUGUUUUCAUAUGUGUUAAUAAACUUAAGGUGGAAAACACUAUGAGUGAUAAUUCAUAUCCAGAAUGGCUACAGACGCUCGUCCAUGGUCCAAUGACAAAAGUUACUUCUUGGCCAAUGUACUUUUGUCGUGGAUUCAUAUUUCACACCUACGAUCAUGGGAAAGAUAAAAGAAAUGCCAAUUAUGGAGUCCGUGUGAAAGGCACAUCAUCUUCUAGUUCAAGUGAAGAACAUGAUUUCUAUGGAGUCUUGAGAGAGAUUUUAGAACUCGAUUAUCCUGGACCUGUUCAUCUUAAACUUGUGGUGUUCAAAUGUGACUGGUAUGAUUCAACCAUUGGAGGAGGUGUGCGAAUAAACAAGUCUGGAGUUGUCGAUGUUAAUGUCGCAAAGCGUUAUGGUAAAUAUGAUCCUUUCAUUUUAGCUUCGCAAGCAGACCAAGUAUGUUAUGUGCCGUAUCCACGGAUGACUCAGAAGAAAGAUCAACAAUGGAAUGCAGCAAUCGUGAUACAACCAAGAGGAAAAGUAUUACUCAGCUCUGAUUUGGAUUUCACUGCAAUGCAACAUGAAAAUGAUGAUCCGAUUGUUUCUGUUGAUCCGUUGGAAGUCGAGACUCUCACAUAUCCACAUGGUCAAGCAGAAAAUCUUGAUGAUAUAGAAGAAGAAGAGGAAUUUGGAUCAUAUGAUGAAGAUGGAAACCCUGAUAUUGAACUUACUGAUUCAAAAGAUGAAUAAUUUUUUUUCCUAAUUUGGAUUUAUCAUUUCUGUCAGGAAAAAUUUGAGUUUACAUGU